UGAACUGAUGCUGAAAGUGCCUCCGGGGUGUCAUUGUCAGAAACCUCCUAUUUCGGGAAAGAAGGGGGGGAGUGUUUCGCCAUAUUCUCGAUGCCGGAGGAUUAUGGACCAUCACAACAGCGCCGGACUGCGUGAAGGUUUGGACAGCUCUGUUCUCCUGCGGUGGCCGACACAUGUUUUAGAUUACAGUCGCGUUGGGUAUUUUCUUCCAACGUGUGGAAUUCAACCUAAUACCGGCGUGGGAGAUGUUCCCGGCGUGCUUUUGUGUUGUUUUUUGCUGCACGCAGACGCGUUAUGUGUUGACUAACCUGUGGCCAUGCGCCGCUUCUCAGACGGUAUGAUACAAUAUUUUGAUAUGAUGACCCUUAUUUUUCGGUGCGUUCGGCUCCACUGCGCAUGCCCAGUGACGGAUCGAGAAUGCCGCCCGACGCCACUGUGGUCCGUCCUGGUCGUGAUGUAUGGACAAAAGUAGAAAGAGCGGAGGACUGAAUAAAAUGCGUCGACAAAGUGGCUUCGAAAAUACCAAAAGGAUUUGACUUGAGAUCCUUGCACGAAAUAGAUUGUGCUACAAACUGAAGAAUGUCAGGGACACCAAAUGCGGAGGCUGAAGGAGUAGUCUCCAAAGUACAAGUGAAGAAGGAGAUCAAGACAAUCGUGGAGAAUUUGGAAACCAUACUGGGAGACCUUAAGGAUUUAGCCAAAGAGAUGAAAGAGGUGGUUCAUGAGAUUGACACUCUGACUUGUGACCUGCAACUGGAGGAGGAAGGACUAACGGACAGCUCAAAGACAGACACACUCAAUUCCAGUUCAAGCUCCACCACCACGACUACGACUGCUUCGAGCCUGGAGAAGAUGAAGAUCUUCCCCGAUGACUGCUUCUUUAAAACCCAGGUGCCCCACAAUCCAGUCCCGGUCAAUCUUCCUGCAGUCUUGACUGUACUGAAGAAACCGCGUCCGCCUCUUCCCCCGCCAAGACUCACCCCGCUGAAAGCUGAGGACCACAACAUAAAAAAUCUGCCUCAUCCGACAUUGGUCUUAUCAGGGAAUAUAUCCAAGGCAAACGGGUCUUUGUUUAGGAAUGGCGGGGUUUUCCCACCCAAACCAAACAAGGAUUUUUUCUCAUCCGCUCCAUGUUUCAUUGCUGGUGAGAGCGGGAUCCCUGAAUCAGGGCUUGUUCCUACGUUGCCCAAACCGAUGCCGCUUCUUCGGCAUGAAAAGAACAAAUGCCCCAAAGCGAACAGCAGAGAGCCACGUGAGAAAGAGCGCGUCCGUUUCAGUGAGAAGGUCCAGUAUCACGGUUACUGCCCCGACUGUGACCUCCAAUAUGAUGUAGAUGACACAGAACUACAUUUACAGGCUGAGUUAAAUGACUUGAGGCUCAGCCCUGUGCAUUACUGCUCUUCAUCCUCCCCUCCUCCCUCUCAUCCUCUUUCUCAUGAAUUAAUGUUGGAAAACGGAGGGCUCCCUGUCAGCCGGAGUUUCCCACCAACAACAAACACUCCUCCACCUUGUGUGCCUCCUCACACGCCUUCCCUAAAACCCCAUAAAACAAUCCUACGCAAAUCAACCACCACCACAGUUUGACACCAAACACCCCUGUUAUGUCUUAACCUAAACAUUCUUGAAUAAUUGAUACUGUUUUCUACUUUACGAGCGCUUUCUACUCCAGUUCAAUUUUGGAUUAUCCAGAGAAAGGGGCGAGGUUGAGAAACAAACACAAAGGGAUGGAUAAAGUGACUGGAAUGGAGAGAAAGGCAUUGCCGAGGGGCGCUACGACGUAAACAGAGGGAUCAGGAAGAGGCGGACCCAUUGAGAAACUGGAGCUAAGAGAAAAGGGGACGUUUGCAUCAUAGACUGAUCAACCUGGUUGAUCAGCGAAGGAGGAGCCGGAGCUGAGCCGAAACAUAAACCUUCUUUUCCAUAAAGUGCUGCUGGCGUUCAACUGACAGGAGACAAUAUCCUCUUGAAAAAAAAAUGUAUACUUUGACAUUAAAAUGCUGAACAACCUCCAGACACAUAUGUAGGGGCAAUGUUGCUGUGCAAAAGCCAAAACAAGGAGCCAAAACAAGCAGAUAAUGAAUUGUAUAGUUGUGGUGAUACGUGUAUCCAUAUAAAUGGAUGAAAUAGUCCUGCUGAAACCUUAUCAACGACUUACAAGGUGAGUUGAGAUAGAGCCGUUCAAGACGGAGAGAAACGGUGUCAGCCAGUAUUUGAUUGAUGUCUACACAGACGUUGCUCUGUACAUACUCAGAUGGAAAUCAAUAGCUCCACUCAGCCGAUGGAAUUUGCCUUUUAAGAAUUGUAAUUGUUUGCGUGUGCGGAGCCCAAUAGGUCUGCCUAUGAGCAAAAUACUGCUCUGCUGGACUGUAGAUAAGGAAAGAAUAAUAUAGUGUCAGUAUGUGCCAUAUUUCAACCGCAGAGUGUUUUUGUAGAAACCAAUGUUCUGAAAUGAAUGAUAACGUACUUACUGAUCUGUGUCCAGACCUUCAUCUGUUUGCUCAAACGGUGCCAUGCAUCCAUGAUUAUUACACACUAACAUGCAGAGAUUCAGUUCUGUGGUACGGGAUAUAGUUGCAGCUUUAAUGGAUUAAUGAUGAAGUACUGAUUUGCAUCAAAUUUUAUUUGUAUACAAAUAUACAUAAGCAUUUUUGAUAAAUAUAUUUCAGGCAUUUUUCUACAGAGACUUUAACAUUUAAAGAGAUGAUAUUUUUGAUAUUGUGGUGGACGACUGAAAGGUAUUUUGUUUUUUUUUUGUUUGGGGGGGGGGGAGUUUCCCAAAAGUUGACAUUCCUCAAGGUACAUGUUUUUUUAAGCAGGGCACAAGAAAAAGAGUUAUUUAUAUGUAGAGGAUAGUGUCUUCGGGAAUGAAAUACUUGAGUGUUAUCACUUCAGGAAACUUGACUAAAUGGGCUGCUUUGUUACUUAAAAAGUAAGAAGGCGAACAAAAAUGUUCUAGGAGGGUUGAAUGAAUGCAUUACUGACUCUUCACUUUGUCCAGCCAUCACUGUGUUUUUCUAUGCAUUUUUCUAGAGAGGUUGUCAGUUGGUGGGUCCAACGUGCAGGGUGCUCUGCUCUCCGCAGCACAGAGCUCUUCUUACUCAUUUCCUCAUAUGAUGUCAAUCAGGCUAAUCCUGCAAUCACUGGUAACCUGGAAAUGUUCUUAGUUGGUGCGCUGGUGUUCAUUAUUGACAACCAGGAUCCAAAUCAAAAUAUAAAGUAAGAACAAUACUCCUGCUUACUAUUAUCCACUAAUGCUUUAAUGGGCUGGGAAUUGUGUGCUGGUGAGUAGCAUUUUUAUUUUUUAGCAAACAAACCUUUCACCAGAUUCAGAUCAGAGACACCACACUUGUAAAGUCCACGUUUUUGUUCCUGUUGGACACAGACUGAAUUCAUGGCCAAUCCCUGGAUCCAAAAAGAACCAGAUCAAAAGACUAAUGGGACAUCUUGAAAACUGUCAGUGACAUAUUGUUAUGUUCACAAACUGUUUGGAAAUAACAU